CAUGAUAUUAUGUCACGUGACCGUCACGGGUACCAGCAGCAGUACCAGCGGAGUAGCAGCAGCGGGCAAGCAGGCAAGCAGGGUGAAUGCGCCGGGUCAAGUCCACCGCGAGGUGAAUCAGUUGAAAAAUUCACACGUACUAAUUAACACGGCGAACCGAGUCGAUUCGCAGAGAUGGAUCCGCAGAAACUCACGGAAUUGUUGCGGGCCACGAUCGAUCCCGCCCAGCAGAAACAAGCGGAGGAGCAGCUCAACCAGAUUCACAAAAUCAUUGGAUUUGCUCCAACUCUGCUGCAGACAGUAAUGUCGAAUAAUGUCGAUAUGCCGGUGCGACAAGCUGGUGUCAUUUAUCUAAAAAAUUUAAUCACAUCUAAUUGGGCUGACAAAGAUGGCGAUAAUGGACCUGUAGAAUUUAGCAUUCAUGAACAAGAUCGUGCAAUGAUACGCGAAGCAAUAGUGGAUGCUGUGGUACAUGCACCAGAACUAAUUAGAGUACAAUUAGCCGUAUGCAUCAGUAAUAUGGUUAAGCAUGAUUUUCCUGGAAGAUGGACAACAAUAGUGGACAAAAUUACGAUAUAUCUUCAAAAUACAGACAUGGCAACCUUGCCUGGUGUCCUUCUUGCGCUGCACCAACUUGUGAAAAAUUUUGAAUAUAAGAAAGCAGAAGAGAGGGGACCAUUGAAUGAAGCAAUGAACUUAUUAUUCCCCAUGAUCUAUCAAUUGAUAUUAACAUUAUUACCAGAUUCGUCCGACCGUUCUGUGUUACUUCAGAAACAGAUAUUGAAAAUUUUCUUCGCUCUUACACAGUAUACUCUUCCGCUUGACCUCAUUUCACGAGAAGUAUUUUCACAAUGGAUGGAUGUCGUGAGGCAGGUAGCUGACAGACCUGUGCCACCAGAAACCAACAAUCCAGACUUAGAUGAGGAUGAGCGCGCAGAACUUCCUUGGUGGAAAUGUAAAAAGUGGGCUUUGCACAUUUUACAUAGAAUGUUCGAAAGAUAUGGCAGUCCAGGAAGCGUGACCAAAGAAUAUAAAGAAUUUUCCGAAUGGUAUUUACAGACUUUCAGCGCGGGUAUCCUAGAAGUUCUUUUGAAAAUUUUGGAUCAAUAUCGCAGGAAAAUCUAUGUUUCUCCUAGAGUAGUACAGCAGUCAAUCAAUUACAUUAAUCAAGGCGUGAGCCAUGCAUACUCUUGGAAGUUUUUGAAACCGCAUAUGUUCGAGAUUAUACGCGACGUUAUAUUCCCGAUUCUCUCGUAUUCCGCGGCUGAUGAAGAGCUGUGGAAUAAUGACCCUUACGAAUACAUCCGAGUGAAAUUUGAUAUUUUCGAAGAUUUUGUAUCGCCAGUGACGGCGGCACAGACUUUGUUACAUUCAGCGUGUAGGAAACGGAAAGAUAUGCUGCAAAAGACGAUGCAAUUCUGUUUGGAAGUUUUAACUAGUCCAAAUGCAGAUCCGAGACAAAAAGACGGUGCAUUACACAUGGUUGGCAGUUUGGCCGAUGUUUUACUGAAGAAGAAAGUUUAUAAAGAACAAAUGGACAAGAUGUUAUUGCAAUAUGUAUUCCCCGAAUUUAACAGUCCUCAUGGUCAUAUGCGAGCGAGAGCAUGUUGGGUGCUGCAUUACUUCUCAGAAAUUAAAUUUAAGCAGGAACAGAUCUUAAUAGAAGCAAUCAGAUUAACCACAAAUGCUCUUUUGACUGAUCAGGAUUUACCUGUUAAAGUUGAAGCGGCGAUAGCGCUUCAAAUGAUACUUUCGGCACAACCUAAGGCUCAGAAAUAUAUCGAACCUUUAAUUAAACAGAUAACGCUUGAACUAUUAAAUAUUAUACGGGAAACUGAGAACGAUGAUCUGACGAGCGUUAUGCAGAAAAUUGUUUGUACAUAUACGGAACAACUCAUGCCAAUUGCCGUAGAAAUCUGUCAGCACUUGGCUGCUACGUUCAGCCAAGUGCUCGAGACAGAUGAAGGCAGUGACGAGAAAGCGAUUACAGCAAUGGGUCUUCUGAACACAAUAGAAACUUUGCUAACAGUAAUGGAAGAUCAACCUCAAAUAAUGGCGCAGUUGGAACCAAUUGUCCUCCAAGUAGUAGCUCACAUCUUUGGACAAAGUGUCAUGGAAUUUUACGAGGAAGCUCUUUCGUUGGUAUAUGAUCUCACUAGUAAGAAGAUAUCUGCAGACAUGUGGAAAAUAUUAGAGCUCAUGUAUCAACUCUUUCAAAAAGAUGGCUUUGAUUAUUUCACUGAUAUGAUGCCCGCGCUGCACAAUUAUAUCACCGUCGAUACUCCGGCCUUUUUGUCAAACGAAAAUUAUAUAUUAGCUAUGUUUAAUAUGUGCAAAGCUGUUUUGACUGGUGAUUCCGGCGAGGACCCUGAGUGUCACGCUGCCAAGUUAUUAGAGGUUAUAAUAUUGCAAUGUAAAGGACAUAUAGAUCAGUGCAUACCAUCGCUCGUACAGUUAGUCCUAGAACGCUUAAUGCGCGAAGUCAAAACAUCAGAAUUAAGGACAAUGUGUCUUCAAGUCGUAAUAGCAGCUUUGUAUUACAAUCCUGCCCUUUGUUUAGAAACAAUGGACAGAUUGCAAGCAAAUUUUGCUCAAUCAACGGAACCGCUAGCUUCGCGUUUUAUCAAGCAAUGGAUAAACGACACAGAUUGUUUCCUGGGAUUACACGAUAGAAAAUUGUGCGUUCUCGGACUGUGUACGUUAAUUAUCAUGGGCCCAGCAAGACCGAUCGCUGUUAAUGAAUGUGCUACGCAGAUCGUUCCGUCUUUGAUACUUUUGUUCGACGGUCUUAAACGAGCGUACGCCGCUAAAGUUACUGAUGGGGACGAUGAGGAGAACGAGGAUGAAGAAAGCGAUAUCGACGAAGAGGUCUUGUCGUCAGACGAGGAUGAAAUAGAUGAUGUUAACCAGGAAUAUCUUGAAAAGUUGCAAGACAAAAUCAAGAGAUCCUCUGCGCAGCACGGUUUCAAUGUUAAUGCAACGAUCCAAGAUGGUCAUGGUGAUCACAGAUCCGACGUAGAUGACGACGAUGAUUCAGACUUCGACGGUAACGAAGAGACCGCUCUGGAAAGUUAUGUAACACCUUUAGACUCUGAUGACUCCAAUCAAGAUGAAUAUGUUGUUUUCAAGGAAGUUAUACAAACCAUCGAAAAAACUGACGUCGCCUGGUACAGGGCUUUAACGAGUCUUCUCACCCCUGAGCAAGAGAAAGCACUGCAAGAAAUUAUCUUGUUUGCGGAUCAACGCAAAGCAGCCUUGGAGAGCAAGAGGAUCGAACAGAGCGGAGGUUAUGCCUUUCACUCUCAGACUGUACCCACUUCGUUUAACUUCGGCGGAACACCUUUAAGCCGAUAAGGACUUAUAAUCAUUACAAUUUUAGAUUAAGUAAGUAAACAAAUUACACGGAAUCUGGAUCGAAUGUUUGUAGCACACGAUCAUAUUACAUGACCACUCCGGAGACGUUACGCAUUUCCCGUUUACUAUUUUUGUGUAAACUUAUUGUACAUUAUUAAGGCAAUCCAGCAGAAUCUUGCUUUAAUACGAGGACGCUAACACUUCAUCUCCAUGAGAUCAGUCUUGUGCAUGCCGUUGUUUCAUUAGUCGAGACAGCAGGCUUGCUUUUUAGCUAUCGUGUGAAAAUGUAUAUUCUCUUUUAUACACUUAUACUAUAAAUACGAUCCAAUUUGAUUCGACUGACAUGAUAAUUCUAGCAAGCUAUAAACAUGUUUUCUUGACGAUUAAAAUUCGGUGUAUUUAAUUUUCGGAAUAUUCCGAAUUAAGAAAAUUCCAGCAUGGCUUGCUAGAUAUGUACUCUCGAGGGAAAAAUGUACAUUUGAUAAUAUCGAAUCGUUUUUGUCCAAAAGUUUUAGCAAAACAAGAUGGAUUAGUUUGUAACAAUAGUGUCUGUUAAAGAAAUUAUGUUAAAUUGUUAGUCUAAAUAUAUUAAGAGAAAACUUUUGAGUAUGUAAACUAUGUUACUUGAUAUUACUAAUAAUUAAUAAUCGAGUAAAUAUGCCAUGCUGUACACGGACUCUACUGCAGAUUGUUAUUCUGCGGUAAAGAAAACGAUAUAAGUUGUCAAGUCACAACUAUGUUGCCUCUCAGCAAAUGGAUAGUUAGAUAAGAGUAAUAUAGAUUUUUAAAUAAA